GAACAUGUAGUCGUACAUCCUAUGCAACUCACACCCGAACACUUCCUCGGUUUGAUUAUGCUGUUGAAAAUUCGGUUACGGUGAUGGUAAUUAGGUCAUCCCACCCAGCAUCUACAGCAGCAGCUGCUGAGAAAGUUAUAGGUGAUCAUUAUACUUUUGGCGAUUCAGGCUGUGAUGGUUACAAUGGCUGCAAGUUACAACACAUUGAUGCUGUUGUUAGUGUAGCAUGUAUAAAGCCAGAUUUGGCUCUGUCAGGAAGUAAAGACAAGUGUGUUGUGUUGUAUGAUUAUAAAAACAAAAAGCAGUUGAACAGAUGGGACUGUCACUCAAGUGCAAUAACAAGGGUGUUAUACGGAGCAGCCUCAAAUAAGAUUUUUAGCAGCUCAAGAGACAAAACAAUAAAGCUUUGGCACAAAGAUAAUUUAAAUGUGGAGAGGGAAUUUUCUGGUCAUUCUCUAGUGGUAACGGCUAUACAUGUAAAUUCUAGUAACAGCUACCUGUGCAGUGGGUCAAGGGACAACACAGUCAAGUUAUGGGACAUAGAAUCUGGUUCAUGUCUUAAAUCUAACAACAUUCCACAAAACCUGGUUACAGAUUUGAAAUUUAUGCCAGGGGAUGCUACCAUUGUCCAGACAGGAGAAGAUAAAGAAGUUAGAGUAUUUGAUACUCGCACGUUACAGCCAGUGUUCAGCUUUCCCAAAAAACAGUACAUCCAGAUGUGUUGUGAUGUGGAUAAGAGUGGCCAUUACAUCAUCUCAUCCAGUAAUGGAUUCUCUGGCAAUGGUUGUGAGUUAACGUUAUGGGAUAUGAGGACAAGAAAACUCCACAAAGAAUUCUUUGGCCAUCGUGAAGCUGUAGAGGCUUGCAUGUUUGUACCUGGCACUCAGCAGCUUGCAUCAGCAUCUCGUGACUUGACUGUUAAAAUCUGGAACAUGUCCACAGGAGUUAUUGAAGCUGAAUGUAUACUAAGUGGUUGUGGCCCCUUGACAUCCCUAGCAGCUAAUGAUGAUGGAAGCUUACUGGUAGGUUCAUUCAAUCAAGGUGUUCAGUUGUUGCAGUUACAGAACAAUUCACUGACCAAGCUGAUGCAUUUUUAACAGUUGUGUUCCAACAUCUAGAGUCACUAUAAAAAGGAUUUGAUGCUGUCACUCCUACAUUUAAAUUACAUAUAAGCUGUUUAUCAUUUGUUGUUGUAAAGAAUUCAGUUUUAAAAUGAUAUUAAAAUGUUUGACAGUUUAUAGCUUAAUCAUUUAAUCUGUACAUAUCCUUCACCUAGUUGUAUAUUUAAAUAUUUUUUAAUUAGAUUUUUAGUAAAAAAUGUCAUUCAAUUCUACACAGGAAUGUUAAAAAAUGUUUAAUUUACUGAAAGCUUUUUAUGUGCUCAUUAGAUUAGAAUAAAGAAUAUUAUUUUUAUUCUCUUCUCAUGUUACAGUAUACCACAGGUUUUGCUAUAAUUAUAUAUUCUACUUUUUAGUGUUUACAUUUUAAAGUAUUUUAUAGAUUAGUUUAUAGCUGAUAAUGAUUAACUUGUUAAAAAUGUCUUAGGUAACCUGAUUCCAUUAAAUCAAAAUCACUUUGGUCACACAAAACUGAAGUCAUUUUAUUCCCAUUUUAUGGCAGGUCCAGGUUUGGCUUUUUUUCUGUGACUCAUUGUACCAGUAUUGUAUUUAUUUUGUGAUAGCUUAUCAUUUUGCCUAUGUAGCUAACAGUUGAUACUAUUCACAAUUAGUUCAUCUUUUUAAUUUUACUAGAAAAUUAAAGAUCAAUUUGUGCAAAUCAUCCUCUUUGUCAAGGUUUGAAUUUUGAUUGUUUUAUCAUUGUAAAAAAAUAUCAGACAAGAAUAAAUAAAUAU